AUUGUUCUUUAUUUUUUUAUGACUUGAUAAUUUAAAAAAAAAAGCAAAAAAAAAAAAGGAAGAAAACCCUAAUGGUACCUCGCCGUUUACUCUUCUCCAUUUCUCUCUCUUCUUUCUCUCUCUAGCAGGAUCAGGAACCAAAUCGGUGGAAUAUUUGGAAGAAUAUGUUGGUUAUGAAUCGAAUUUUCUUCUUUGGAGGGUUCCUGAUAUCACAACGAAGCAGUUUCUGUAGGGUUUGCUGAGAAUCUUAGUUUUCAUGGAGAACGUGUGUGAUGUGAAUCACUUGGAUGCUGAUGUUCUUCUGCCUCCACGAAAGCGGCUUCUUGCUGGAUUAAAAAAACAGAAUUCGGAUUGUGUUGAUGCUGCUGCCUCUCCUUCGACGAUUGCUGCUUCUUGUGUCACGGUUUGCGAGGGUGCUCCCUCUUCCUCGUCGUCCUAUUCAAGUGAGUUUGAAGCUCGGCUUAAAAAUUUGCUGAGUGCUCAUUCGAGUAACCCUAAUCUUACCCCUGAGGAGGUAGUGGAGGCCUCGAAAGCAGCAGCGGUAGCUGCAAGUAAGACUGCGCAGGCUGCUAGAGCUGCAGCCGAAGAAAAGGCUGAAAUAGCAGCGAAGGCAAUUGCUGCAGCUAAGAGUGCUUUAGAUUUGGUUGCCUCUUUCUCUGAUGAGUCGGUCAACAAGGAAAGAAGUCUCAAAAAGAACAAACAGAAGAAGCAUCUCCCAGUUCAGCUCUUGUACAAAAAAUACCAACCUGUUGAAAAUUGUGGGACGGAUGAAGAAUUGGCUCGAAAGUUACACCGAGCCAUGAACAGUUCUCCUAGGAUCACAAAGAAUUCUCCAAACUCGGAAUCAAAAGGGAGCAGACACAAGAAGCCUAGAAGCUCUUCGAGCAUGGAAAUGACUGAGGGAUCUGAUGCUGGUAUGGCAAAUGGACAUGACUUAUCUUUGAACAAUGGACAUGCAGCGGCUGGCAAGAUUGAUUCCGAAGGCUCCAUUCAAGAAGUAUGCUCAAGUAAGGAAGACAAGAAGGGACUCAGAUAUGAUAGAUCAAACCAAAUGGAGAUGGAUAAUGGGGAAGCAGAGUCAAGCCAGUCAAAGGAGAAAAACACUGAAGAUUUGUCUACCACAGGUAAGAAGAGAGGAAGGGUGAAGCUAAAAAAGUUGCCAUUAAGCAUUUGCACCUCGAAAGACAGGGCGCAGCCAAAGGAAGGUGUCAGGGGUAGAAGCGCACCAAUAUCUGAAAUGAACUCGGGGAAUCAUCCUGUUGAUAGUAUUCCUUUGUUUCCAGUUGAGCCAUCCACUGAGAGAGUGAUGCCAAUCGAGGCUACAUCAAUGUGGAAGUGCCAGGAGUUCAAGGCACCGGCUUGUAUCAAACAAAAUAAAGCUGUGCAGUCAUAAUGUUCAACAUAAGUUGAGGUGAUUUGGUGCUAGGAGUCAGAUAGCUGAGGAGGUAGACAUCUUGAUGCUUUCUUUUUACAUAUAUGGCCUUUUAUCUUCUUUUUUUCCUUUUUUGUUCAUCUUUGGUUUUGUAAUGGAUUUGCGCUGACUAAAAUGUAAAUUUAGAUUUAUAGUUGCUUGCAUUACUUGUUUCUGUUUAAAGUUGUGUGUAAGUUUAAUUGAUAGGAAAGCUUGGAGUUUAGAUAGGAGGAUGCAAUGACUUGAACAGCUUUUUCAUUAUGCUGCAUAUUCCUUCCCGCAUUUGUGUUGAUAAUAAAAGAGAAAACCUCUUUGGUCUUCUAUUUAUGAA